GACUUGACAUGUUUGUGAUGAGGUGUGAAUCGUACUGUGGAAUCGUAGAUUCCGUCUCGAAAUGAUUUUAAGUAAAUCAGUUGUUGCAUAAAGUUUUGUGAUGUUACAUUUGUGUUACCUUAACUCAUGCGAAUAAAUUUACGAACACGAUACAAUAGUGCCUGUUUAGAGUUAUGUAAAUAUCAACAGAAUCACCGCACACCACAGUCGAUUCCAGUGGGAACGAAUGGAGUGACUUCCAAAUAAAAUAACGAUGCAAACCAACCUGAAAACUAAAGAAAUGUUUAUAGUACGAGCUUUAGAGAAAAUAUUAGCCGAUAAGGACAUAAAGAGGUCCUAUCACAGCCAGCUAAAGAAGUCCUGUGAAGUGGCUUUAGAGGAAAUCAAAACAGAAUUAAAAAAUGGAGGUCAACCAGAAACUACUGAGAGUCCCACAUCAGGUACACUCCCAUUGCCCAAAAAUGAUGCAUCUAACAUCAUUACAGCUGAAAAAUACUUCUUACCGUUUGAACUGGCCUGCCAGAGCAAAGCAUCCAGGAUAGUGGUCACAGCUCUUGACUGUCUACAGAAACUAAUAGCUUAUGGGCAUCUUACGGGUAAUGUUCCAGAUUCUACAACACCAAGAAAGUUGUUAAUUGACCGCAUAGUAGAGACAAUCUGUGGCUGCUUCACUGGCCCGCAAACUGAUGAGGGAGUUCAACUUCAAAUCAUUAAAGCUCUCCUCACCGUCAUCACAAGCCAGCAUGUAGAGGUUCAUGAAGGCACGGUCCUCCUGGCUGUCCGAACCUGUUAUAAUAUUUAUUUAGCAAGUAAGAAUCUUAUUAAUCAAACUACGGCGCGCGCGACCCUCACACAAAUGCUUAAUGUCAUAUUUACUAAAAUGGAAAACCAGGCUCUUGAAACGGAAACUACUGAAGUACACCAUAAAAUACCCAAUGGCAAUAUUGUAACUGAUGACCAAUCAAAUCACAUCAGUGAAGAAAAUAAGAGUAUUACACCAGGCCCUAGUGAUAGUAUGGAUGAUAUUUUAGAAGCCAAGAUCAUUGCUAAGCAAAUUGUGGACUCAGUCAUUGACAAUGCUGUAACAAUAGCAUUCAAAAAAUCAGCUGAAGAUAUCAGUCAAAAUGGUCAAGAAAAUAAUGAGAAUCUAGAUUCUCAAGACAGUGGCAGUGUAUCCCACGAAAGUAAUGGUCAAGCACCAACAGAAUCUUCAAUGACAAGAAUACCAUCCCAAGAAAGUGUGGAUGUUGCUUCAGAAAAUGAUAAUUCAGUUACAGCUAAGUUUACACACAUCCUACAAAAAGAUGCAUUCCUAGUUUUCAGAGCUCUUUGCAAAUUGUCCAUGAAACCCCUGCCUGAAGGCACUCCUGAUCCUAAAUCACAUGAAUUGAGAUCUAAAAUUCUUUCUCUUCACCUCCUACUAUCUAUCCUUCAAAAUGCUGGUCCAGUAUUCAGAAACAAUGAAAUGUUUAUCACUGCUAUAAAACAGUAUCUUUGUGUAGCUCUGUCUAAAAACGGAGUGAGCUCUGUACCUGAAGUAUUUGAACUGUCUUUGGCUAUUUUCUUGGCCCUACUCCAGAAUUUCAAGGUACAUCUAAAGAAGCAAAUUGAAGUAUUUUUCAAGGAGAUCUUUAUGAAUAUUUUGGAAACAUCCAGUUCGUCUUUCGAACACAAAUGGAUGGUAAUCCAAGCUCUGACGAGAAUUUGUGGCGACGCGCAGAGUGUUGUAGACAUAUACGUCAACUAUGACUGCGAUUUAUCGGCCGCUAACUUAUUCCAAAGACUAGUCAACGAUGUCUCAAAGAUAGCCCAAGGGAGACAAGCUCUAGAGUUAGGAGCAACACCUAAUCAGGAGAAAUCGAUGCGUAUCCGAGGAUUGGAAUGCCUCGUUUCAAUUCUAAAAUGUAUGGUAGAGUGGAGUAAAGAGCUCUACAUUAACCCAAAUCUUCAAACAACAUUGGGCGAAAAACCAGUAAAAGAAGACCCAGACCAUCACAGCAUCAAGUCACAUGGAGGUUCUAGUCUUAGCUUGGUCUCAACAGGAUCAAGCAAUGUUGGAAACAGGGAGACCUUGGAUUCCCCUGAACAGUUUGAAGUUUUAAAACAACAGAAGGAAGUUUGGGAAACGGGCAUAGACUUGUUUAAUCGAAAACCGAAAAAGGGCGUAGCUUUCCUUCAAGAACAAACUUUGUUAGGAACCUCUACAAAAGAAAUAGCAGAGUGGCUGCUAACGGACGAGCGCCUUGAUAAAACAUUCAUUGGAGAAUUUUUAGGUGAAAACGACGAUCAUUCCAAAGAAGUUAUGUACGCUUACGUUGAUUCCAUGAAUUUCUCAAACAUGGAUAUUGUGGCAGCUCUUCGUCAUUUCCUAGAAGGAUUCCGACUUCCUGGCGAAGCCCAGAAAAUCGACAGGCUAAUGGAAAAAUUCGCAUCACGCUAUUGUGAAUGCAACCCAAGCAACACUUUGUUCACAAGCGCGGACACAGUUUACGUACUCGCGUUUUCCAUUAUAAUGCUAACAACUGAUUUGCACUCGCCGCAAGUAAAGAAUAAAAUGACAAAGGAACAAUACAUCAAACUGAAUAGCGGUAUAAGUGACAAUAAUGACUUGCCGCGUGAAUACCUGUCGCAGAUUUACGACGAAAUAGCUGGCCAUGAAAUUAAAAUGAAGAACACAUCUAAACCGGGCAAGCACAUGAUCGCUAAUGAAAAGAAACGCAAGUUUAUUUGGAACAUGGAGAUGGAGCAAAUUUCCACGGCCGCUAAGAAUUUGAUGGAGUCUGUUUCUCACGUCCAGACACCGUUUACGACAGCGAAGCACGUCGAGCAUGUUCGACCAAUGUUCAAAAUGGCCUGGACUCCUUUCCUGGCCGCUUUUUCAGUGGGACUCCAGGAUUGUGACGAUCCAGAAAUUGCCUCCCUAUGUUUGGAUGGUAUCCGCUGUGCCAUUCGCAUAGCCUGCAUUUUCCACAUGUCUUUAGAAAGAGACGCUUACGUGCAAGCUUUAGCACGAUUCACAUUACUGACUGCUAACUCACCAAUCACAGAAAUGAAAGCCAAGAACAUUGACACCAUAAAGACAUUGAUUACAGUCGCGCACACUGACGGAAACUACUUAGGGUCGAGUUGGUUGGAUGUCGUCAAAUGCAUCUCACAGUUGGAAUUAGCGCAGUUCAUAGGCACAGGAGUGCGGCCUCAAUUUUUGUCCAGCUCUGGUAUUAAACCACAACCUGAUUCUCUAAAAUUCGGCCUUAUGUCUUCUUUGGAUCCGAGUGUAAAAGAACACAUUGGAGAAACAAGCUCACAGAGUGUCGUGGUCGCAGUUGACAGAAUAUUUACUGGAUCUACGAGGCUCGAUGGAGAUGCCAUCGUUGACUUCGUUAAAGCACUCUGUCAAGUGUCAUUAGACGAAUUGAGCCACCCAACAAACCCUCGAAUGUUCUCCCUCCAGAAAAUUGUCGAGAUCUCGUACUACAACAUGGGCAGAAUCAGGUUGCAAUGGUCUCGUAUUUGGCAAGUGUUGGGCGACCACUUCAAUAAAGGGUGCAGUAGCAACGAAGAUAUUUCCUUCUUCGCAGUAGAUUCCCUAAGGCAACUGUCCAUGAAGUUCAUAGAAAAAGGCGAAUUCGCCAAUUUUAAAUUCCAGAAGGACUUCUUAAGACCGUUCGAACAUAUUAUGAAGAAAAAUAAUUCACCAACUAUAAGAGACAUGGUAGUCCGCUGCAUCGCCCAAAUGGUAAACUCCCAAGCUCCCAACAUCAAAUCAGGUUGGAAGAACAUUUUCUCAGUAUUCCAUUUAGCCGCAAGCGAUCAAGACGAAGCGAUAGUUGACUUAGCAUUCCAAACUACAGGAAAAAUUAUAACUGAGCUCUAUGAAAAGCAGUUCUCAGCUAUGAUAGAUUCAUUCCAAGACGCAGUGAAGUGUCUGUCAGAAUUCGCUUGCAAUGCUAAAUUCCCUGACACGUCCAUGGAGGCUAUAAGACUUGUAAGAUCGUGCGCGACGGCAGUUGGAGCAUCUCCACAUCUUUUUGCAGAGCACGCAGGUCUUGAAGGCGAACAAGGAGCGCCAGAAGAAGAUAGAGUUUGGCUCCGCGGUUGGUUCCCGCUAUUGUUCUCCCUUUCCUGCGUAGUCAGUCGCUGCAAACUAGACGUCCGCACGCGAGGCCUCACCGUCCUCUUUGAAAUCAUCAAAACCCACGGGGAAUCAUUCCGUCCGCAUUGGUGGAGAGACUUAUUUAACAUUUUGUUCCGAAUAUUCGAUAACAUGAAGCUGCCCGAACACCAGUUGGAAAAGAACGAGUGGAUGACGACGACAUGCAAUCACGCGUUAUACGCUAUUGUAGAUGUGUUCACACAAUACUUUGACGUUCUCGGAUCGUUGUUACUCGAGCAGCUAUACGCUCAGCUUCAUUGGUGUGUGCAACAAGACAACGAGCAACUCGCUCGUUCAGGAACCAACUGUUUAGAAAACCUAGUGAUCUCCAAUGGAACAAAAUUCGACGACGCAACUUGGAGCAAUACCUGCCAGAUUAUGUUGGAUAUUUUCAACAGCACGCUUCCCUCGGCACUGUUAACGUGGAAACCUGAAGAGGAAGAUGAGGCACCCGCGCGCGGAAUCCUUAAAAAGCCUCAAGCGGACGACGCGCGUUCCAGCAACCGCGUAUUCAACAGUCUUUUGAUCAAAUGUGUGGUCCAACUUGAGCUAAUCCAGACCAUAGACAAUAUUGUCUUCUAUCCUGCAACAUCUCGGAAAGAAGACGCAGAAACGCUGGCGUUAGCUGCAGCAGAAUUAACCGGUGGAGCGCCAGGCAGUGGGCAAGAUUGCCAACGAGAAGAGCAAGGAAUGUACAGACUUUUGAGUUCUCCGCAUUUACUACGACUAGUCGAAUGCCUGUUAUGCAGCCAUCGUUUCGCAAAGACGUUUAACACGAACAAUGCUCAGCGCAACGUUCUCUGGAAAGCGAACUUUAAGGGUUCAGUUAAACCUAAUAUGCUGAAGCAGGAGACGCAGUCUUUGGCCUGUGCUUUGAGGGUGUUGUUCAAGAUGCACGGAGACGAGUCGAGACGAGCGCGCGGGCCUGUGCAGGCGCUGCUGUUGUCUGUGUGCUGUGAGGCUCUGGAGUACUUCGCGGCGCUGCAGCACGAGGCACAUCGCGACGCGUGGACUUCUAUACUGCUGCUAAUACUGACGAGAAUACUGAAGAUGCCUGAUGAAAGAUUCGCCGCUCACGUCUCCCGCUACUACCCCCUGCUCUGCGAGGUGACAUGCUUCGACGUGAAGCCCGAACUGCGAUCCGUGCUGCGACGCGUGUUCCUGCGCAUAGGACCCGUGUUCAGCAUCACCGAGGCGCGCGCGCAGUAGCUAGUGACAUCUAGCGACGAAUGACGAAACUAACACGUAUAUCGCUGGUAUUUUGAGAGUAGACGUAAUAGUGCUGGAGUCGAAGAAAAUCAUGCAAUGAAAACAAAACGGCCAAUGCCAUCUAGUGCUGUAAUUGCAAAUGCAUGGUAAUUUCAUGACUUGCACGUGUAUACUCUCUGCUUUCAAUUAUCAUAAGUGUUAUUUGUAGCAAAUAUGAGAGGAAAGAAGUAACCAGCGAUAAACGUCGUGAUGAUGUAAGAAUUGUAAGAUAUCAUAAACAACAGAUGAGAUUUUUUUAGUGACUCGUUAUUUAUUAUAGAAUUUUAAACCUUAUUUGGAGUAACGUUUUUUAAAUGGGUACCAAUAAUCUUGAAAUUUGAAGGAAAUUUGGCUUAAGUAUAUUUAUUACUUUAUUUCUGCUGUUUAUGAUAUCUGUGACGAAAGCAGUUUACGAAUGUAAACAAAAUGGCCUUAUAUUUUUGUAGGUUAACUUCGAUGUUAAAAAUAAUACUGUUUCGUUGAUUCUUAAAUUUUAAUGUGACAUUGACGGUACUUCAGUAGUAUUAAAAGUGAUCUAUUAUAAAUAGGGAGUAGUCUUAUGUCUAAUUUAUAUAAAUUAUUUCAUUGUCGACAGUUAAAAAGUUAAAUUGUAUUAUAGAAGUUGUACCUAUAAAUUAUUGUGUUAUUCUGUAUAUUUGAAAGUUUUUAUUGUCUGGGAGCUGAAUCCACCGCUGCUUUUCUUUUUUCUGGCUAGACUGAUCUGACUGUGAUCGUUCGUUCCCACGCUUUUCAUGCUAUAUUAUAUUUUCUGACGGAGUGAUUCAGAGCUCGCACGCGACUAUAGUUAUUCCUAUGAAUAAAAUUAUACAUUAAU